GCUCUUCGUUCCUUUGCAACACUUUCGCUCCUGCUGUCCACGCGAGAGUUUUAUAUUUUUAUUUUUACAUGCAUAUUUGUUGAUAACUGGUCCUGAGCCAAGUGAACCGCGUUUAACUGCCAGCCAGCCAUGAGCACAAUUUUGGAGAAAAUCGCGGCCAUCGAGUCGGAGAUGGCCCGCACCCAGAAGAAUAAGGCCACCUCGGCGCAUUUGGGUCUCCUGAAGGCUAAGCUGGCCAAGCUGCGACGCGAGCUGAUUUCCCCCAAAGGAGGCGGCGGCGGAACCGGCGAGGCUGGCUUUGAGGUGGCCAAGACAGGAGAUGCCCGGGUGGGCUUUGUGGGUUUCCCAUCCGUGGGUAAAUCCACUUUACUGUCCAAUUUAGCUGGAGUUUAUUCCGAGGUGGCGGCCUACGAGUUCACAACGUUGACAACUGUGCCGGGAUGCAUUAAGUACAAGGGCGCCAAGAUCCAGCUGCUCGAUUUGCCCGGAAUCAUUGAGGGCGCCAAGGAUGGCAAAGGUCGUGGUCGUCAGGUGAUCGCCGUCGCACGAACCUGUAACCUAAUCUUCAUGGUGCUGGAUUGCCUGAAACCGCUGGGUCACAAAAAACUGCUGGAGCACGAGUUGGAGGGCUUUGGCAUCCGGCUUAACAAGAAACCGCCAAAUAUCUACUACAAGCGGAAGGACAAGGGCGGCAUCAACCUGAACUGCAUGGUUCCGCAAUCCGAAUUGGACGCGGAUCUGGUGAAAACGAUUUUAUCGGAGUACAAGAUCCACAAUGCCGACAUUACGCUGAGAUACGAUGCCACUAGUGACGACCUAAUCGACGUGAUCGAGGGCAACCGCAUCUACAUACCCUGCAUCUAUCUGCUGAAUAAGAUCGAUCAGAUCUCCAUUGAGGAGCUGGACGUAAUCUACAAGAUCCCGCACUGCGUGCCCAUUUCGGCGCACCACCACUGGAACUUUGACGAUCUGCUGGAGCUGAUGUGGGAAUACCUGCGGCUGCAGCGAAUCUACACGAAGCCCAAGGGCCAGCUGCCCGACUACAAUUCACCCGUGGUGCUCCACAACGAGCGCACCAGCAUUGAGGACUUUUGCAACAAGUUGCAUCGCUCCAUCGCAAAGGAGUUUAAAUAUGCGCUGGUCUGGGGUUCAUCCGUGAAGCAUCAACCCCAGAAAGUGGGCAUCGAGCAUGUUCUCAACGACGAGGAUGUCGUCCAGAUUGUGAAGAAGGUUUAGACUCUGUGGCAACGAAAACACUUUGAUUAUUUGAUGGCAUUUUUUAUUGGAAAUAAAAAACGAAUGUGCUUUA